AUGGCUUGUCCCGCCCCUCCACCCCCAGUUAACCUGGAUCUUAGGAACCACGACCCAGUCGCCCAAACCUGAGGGAUGGAGAAGACACCCGAGAGAGACGCUCUCAGUGGCCGGAUGGAAGCCGAGGGGUCCCAGAACUCCGAGGAACUGCCACCGCAUCCUCAGUCCCCGCCACCACCGCCGUCCCCAAGGUCUCCCACGUCCCCGGUGACCCCCGAGCUCCCGCAGCCCAAUGCUCCGACCGAGGUUGAAGCCAGGCAGCUGCUGGUAGAAGAAUGGGGACCCCUGAGCGGGAAGCUGGAGCUGCCCCCGAGCGUCAGCUGGCAGCUGCUGUUCCUGGAGCGGCCACUCUACCGCAACCUGCUCAGCUCACCCAACCCAGAAGGCAUUAAUAUCUACCAGCCGGCGCCCCCUACGGGUCCCACCCGGAAACCCCUGCAGGAGCUGGGUAAUUUCCGUGGAUGGUACAUUACUACCGAGAACCUCCAGGGGCCCCUCAGCUGGACGGUGAAGGAGCAGUGCGUGAACCUGUUGGCCAAGAAGCUGUGGGAGGAGCUACUGGAUGACGAACAGCCUGACAUCACCAUCAUGGACUGGUUCGAGGACAGCCGCCUAGACCAGUGUGUUUAUGAGCUGCACGUCUGGCUGCUAGCAGCUGACCGCCGCACGGUCAUUGCCCAGCACCACGUGGCCCCUCGGACCAAUGGGAGAGGACCCCCUGGCCGCUGGGUUCAGGUGUCCCACGUCUUCCGCCAGUACGGCCCCGGAGUGCGCUUUGUCCACUUCCAGCACAAGGCUAAGAACCGCAUGGAGCCUGGGGGACUGCGGAGGACAAGGGUGACCGACUCCUCCGUGUCGGUGCAGCUCCGGGAGUGA